UCACUCACUCUCUUGCUGUCUCUCUCUCUCUCUCUCUCUCUCUCUCAUGUGAUCCGCCCUAUCUAUUUAAAGCGUCUGACCGCGCCUGGGCAGAGCCCCCAGCUAGAGAGGCAGCCAGGCAGACGCAUUGCCGUCUCCAUCGGUGGCGGAGGAGAGAGGCAGGCUCCGGCACGGACAUGGCCGAAGCCUUCGCGGGCUCCUGGAACCUGCUGGACAGCAAUGGCUUCGACGACUACAUGAAAGCCAUUGGUGUGGGCUUUGCCACAAGGCAGAUCGCAAACAUGACAAAGCCUACGACCAUUAUUGAGGUCGACGGGGACAAGAUCACUGUAAAAACGCAGAGCACCUUCAAGAGCACCGAGAUCAGUUUCAAACUGGGAGAGGAAUUUGACGAAACAACAGCAGAUGACAGACACGUCAAGUCCCUUGUGACACUAGAUGGUGGAAGACUUGUUCAUGUGCAGAAAUGGGAAGGAAAGGAAACCUCACUAGUUCGAGAACUGAAGGAUGGAAAACUAAUUUUGACGCUGACAAUGGGCAAUGUGAUCUGCACUCGUACCUAUCAAAAAGCUGUAUAGAUUUCUAACACUGGUCAUCCAAUGAUAAUCUCAUUGCCAAAUUGCUGGUAUGAUUUUCCCCCGUGUUUUUGUAUAUUGGUUGUACCUUUAUGAAUCCAUCUAUUGCCAAGGUCUUUUCAGCUGCUUCUUAUCCUUGUAACCGAGAUUUAUUUUCUACUUUUAAACUAUUGACAAGUGUGAAAACGAUUUGGAAUGUAAUAAAGUGAAGCAGUUGUUA